AUGUCGCAAGCCAAAGCCGCCUUCAUCAAGAUCCCCACAGGCCCAGAUGGAUUCCAAACCUACCCAACCGACCCAGCCCGCCGGCUCGCAGACUCAGACAUCAGCAUCGAACCCUGCGUCCCCAGCGACGCCGAGAAAAUAGCAGAAGGACUCUACCUCGCCUUCCCCGAAUCCUGGUGGGACCAAAAAGAACCACCAGCCCUUCGUCCCCCCCAACCCAUCCGCAUCCAACGCAUGGCCACACGUCUCCUCCCCUCCCUCACCCACCCCCACAUGAAAUGGAUCAAAGCGGUACUCACACAUACACACGAAACCAUUGGAAUCGCAGGCUGGAUGGCACCGAGCAACCAUCCAAGCGUGCACAAUAUUUUCCGGCGCAGUGCGGCGGAGCACUACGGGUGGCGGGAGCGCAUGGGGUGGAGCGAGGCUGCGGUGGAGGAAAUGUGGCGGCAUACGGAUGAUGAGGAGUGGAGUGUGCGGUUUGCGAGGGAUGAUGAGACGAGGAGGGAUGUGAUGGGUGGGGAGCGGCAUUGGGGUGGGGAGGAGGUUGUUGGGGUGGGCUAUGGAGCAGGCGGAUCGGACGGUGCCGGUGACGCCGUUGUAUUUGGAGAGUGCGCCGUCGGCGAGGGCUGUGUAUUUGCAUUGUGGGUUUGUGCCCGUGGGGGAGUAUAA